GACUACAACCAGCUGGGUAAACAUGGCGUCUUUCUCUAGACGCAAAGAUUACAUGUAGCGCUUCUGGCUGUAGACGGUAUUUCUGUCGCACCAGCGUCCCACAGUUUAGCCCAGAACACGGUAACGUGAUGGACACGACGCAUGAAGACAUGCAGGUUAGAAGGAGAGAAGCGCUUCACUGAGGCUGCUCUAUAUUUUUUGUCUCUGCACAGCAUGAAAGGUCUGAUGCCUGCCCGGACCCUGUGAUUGGCGCAAAAUAAUUGCUUUUGUUAACAGAGACACUGACUUGUAUUUUUGUAAAGGUGUCUACUUUUAUUCAGUCUGACAAAUAUCGGCAAUCCCGCUAUGGGGACUGGCUCCUGCAGGGCCACAGCUGAAUUUUGGGCCCACUCUGCUGUGGGACCCCCUUUUUAAAUUAGAUAAACCAGCUUGAUUUUUUUGUGAACCCCCUCAUCUCUGGGCCCCUAAAAUCUACAGCUCCUUUAACCUCACUAACAAAAGCGCUGCCUGGACAGUGAGAGAGCAGAAUGAUCAAUCUGACUGAACUUUGUGUGAUUGCGCUCUGACAGCUGGUUUAUGACUGUUAGUGGUGCUGCACUGUGUGUUGUGUUUCUCAUGCCUUUCUCAACAACACCACUAUGAUAGGCUCACCUGACGUGGUGGCUUUCACUAAAGAGGAUGAGUAUGGCCAGACAAAUCCUGACCCCUGGGCUAUCCCCGAGGAGUUCUCCGUCCCCCUCUAUCCUCUGGCUGACUCCAACCCCUGGGCCAAAACCUCGUAUGCAAAGUUCACCAAAGACUUCAUCCUCAUCUCUGAGUUCUCUGAGCAGGUAGGCCCUCAACCGCUCCUCACCAUCCCAGAUGACCCCAAAGUCUGUGGCACCUUUGAUCUCAACUACUUCUCCCUGCGCAUCAUGUCAGUGGACUACCAGGCCUCCUUCGUCGGCCAUCCACCUGGCACUGGCUACCCAAGACUCAGCUUUGUGGAGGACUCGAGGGUGGUGCUGGGCGACUCGAAGGAGGGGGCAUUCGCCUACGUCCAUCACCUUACACUUUACGACCUGGAGGCGAGGGGCUUUGUGCGACCAUUCUGCAUGGCGUACGUUUCGGCAGAUGAGAGGAAAAUCAUGCUGCAGUUUCAGGAGCUGUCCCUUCGCUUCUCGCAGGCCUCUGAGUGUCUGAAGGCUGGCAACAGGAGAGCCUUCGCCAAAGAACUCCAGCGGAAGCUCCGAGACCUGGAGUACACCCACUCUGUGCUGCAGAGGGAGGAGGGCCUGCAAAGAGAGGCGGGGCCUCAGUGCAUGUACUCCGCUCAUGCUGUAGAGAAAGCCAAUGAGCUUGCUAAUGUGGAAAAGAGCAUCUAUGAACACAGAGACCUGCUCAGACAGAUCAGCUCCUACCAUUGCCGCCCGCGCCGAGAUCCUCACGCUGUCACCUGCCAGAAGUGUAUGACUGAGUGCUUGCGUGAGUGUGAGGAGCUGUUAGCUAAAUACACCAAGCUUGCAUACCCCUUCAGUUACACUGACAAAAGGGGAAAGGGGGUUGAAGGGCAAGGUCAGAUGGAUGAUGAAGGAGGUGAAGAGGAAUUGGAGGAGGACAAAGAUGAGGGCAUUAAACGCAGGCCGUCCUACACACCCCAGCUGAUCAAAGCUAAGUCUGCCAAGUGUUUUGACAAGCGCCUGAAGACCCUCCAAGAGCUGUGUGAUGAGAAUUUCUAUGAGGCAACAGUUGAACUCCUGAAGGAGACGGAGAGGAGUUUCCGGGGUGACCUUUGUUACCUACACACACGGCGCCUGGACAGGGCUCUACGCAGGAGAAAGAGAGUUACCAACUUCCUCUUUGAGGAGGACCUCGGUGAUGAUGAUGAGGUUGAAGGAGGAACACUAAGACCGUUCUGUGCUGUGAACCAUGCUGUAAACAACUAUACACUCUUAAAUGCACCUCCUAUUGUGCUAGGACCAGAACCUCUAGAGCUAGAUUCCCUGGAGCCUCCAGAUGCUCUAGACCCAGCCUCUGGGACCGGCCAUACUCAGGAGAGUGAGCUUGGGCUCGGGGAGAGCAAUCUCGAGUCCUCCCCCUCUGACCAGACUCUGGCGACCCAGGAGAGCUCAGAGGAAACCAAAGGAAGCUUUAGCAGUGAUAAGAGUGGAUUGGGUCCGGAAGAAAAGCAACAAAGUCUUGCUAGUGUGACGUCAGAACCUCCUGAUCCUGAUCCUGAUUCUGACUUGACCCCUGACCCUGACCACAACACAGACCUGGAAAGAGAGAGCAGCAGUGAAGAGAUGGAGACCACUGCAGGAGAGGAUGAGGGUGACAACAGGGGGGACCGGACACCUGUAUCUUUGCUGAAAGUGGUGUCUGAGCUGGAGGUCAGCAGGGAGGAUGACUGUGAGACAGUAAGUGAUGGGCCUUGCGAGAUGGAGCCUGACUUGUUGGUUCCAAUAGACACAGCAUGCUGUAUGACUCAAGAGGGUUUCCUUUAUGAUGUGUCUGCCCCAAAGGCAGAUCCUCAUUUAGAGCAAAACUCCCACCAUCAGCCCUCUCAGACCCUGGUGGUCAACCAGGAACCCCAGGCCCUUCUUCCACUCCAGGACGACUAUGCCGUGGGUUCUCCCUGCUCAGAAAGCCUAGCCGCUGGCCUGGAGCUUCCUGUGGGGCUCCAUGGAGAUGCAGUUUCCCGUACCUCAGCAGAGGAGGGGUCAGACUGCACCAUGAGUGCUUCUACAGGCUCUGAUCGGGCUACCUCACCUGUUGGCUAUGGGGGGGUGGUGACCCUGCGUCAGAGGAAGAAGGCUGGACAAGGAGCCCUGAGGUUUGUCCGACAGUACCCCUUUGCCAUACAAGCACUGUGGUGCCUGCUGAGUGGCAGAACCCUGGUGGUGCUCGGGGCAGAUGAGGGGAGAGUCCGCCGGUUGGUUGCUGCUCUGGCCCUCUUUGUGCCUGGCCCUGGGAAGUGUGGAGAGAGGGUUCAAGCCUGGCUGUCCUGCCCUUUCACCCUUACUGACCUGCAGAGGUGGAAACUCAUUGGAUUGCAAAGAGUGGCGUCCCCUGUGGGUUCCAGCAUGCUUUACUCACUUUCCCGCUAUAGUCGCUACAUCUCCAUCCUUGAUGCCGACCAGAAGACUUUGCGCUGCCCGCCAUAUCGCGGUCAACUGCUUGCUAAUAUAGCAGACCACCGCACCUAUAUCCGCCGUGGCUCCACCUACUUCCUUCACAUACAGAGCACCCUCUGUCGCCUGGCAGCCAAGGCCUUCCUGUUUACCUUCACCCACCAUCUCCACCUGCCGGUCAGCUCCACGGAGGAGCCUGAGGUUGUGGAGGGCCGACGCGGCUGCUUCCUGCAGGAGCAGCUGGGGCUGGGCGAGGAGGACAGCCAGAUACUGCUCUACCUCAGCCAGCUCAUCACUCAGCAGUACCUGCAGCCUGCCACUGGAAGCAGUGCAGCAGCACCUUGUUUCAGUUUUAACUACACUACCAGCGUUUUAUACAAAAUCUAAUAUUCUUCCGGGAGGAGGAUUCUCACACACAGUUUAGCAGAAAUCAUCUGUGACCCUUUGGUUUAAUGGAACAAAGGUGAUCAUAAUAAGGUCUAGAGUAAUUUUAAUGUCAACACAUUUGCUGCACUGUUUGUAUGUUUUUUUUUUCUGCCCUGCUCUCUUUAUCCUAUGUUCUUGCUAUUUCCUCUCUUUGCAGUGAAAAGAAGACAGAGCGGGGUGUGAAUGUCAGUGAGUGGUUUACUUUCGUGUAAUAGUUUCAGAGCAUGUUGAUACUCACAAAAACACAAAUGACAGAGCAGAAAAAGGUCGGCUCUACUUGUUGUUCUUUGAGCGAUUUUUGUGUUUUUCUCUUCCGUGGGAAAAAUUGUUACUUGCACUGGCUUGUUUGAGGUCAAUUCCCCCUCCUCACUACACAAACAAACGCGCACACAAACACACACACACACACAUGUAUUUUUUCUUACAAAACUCAAUCCAACAUGGUUAUCUGUGUGUCGUGAGUGCUGGUCCAGCCAGCCAGCUCACAAACAGGUUAAAUUACAGCUUUGUGUUAACACCAACCAAUCACUGAGCAGUUUGUCAGCUAUGAUAUCAUCUCAGGAUUACUGUGACACUUUCUGCCUGUUGCGGACAGACGUCUCCGAAUCUGUCCAUGAAACCUUACUAGCACCAUGCAGGGUUGUGACAGUUGGUUUUGUGACCUCUCCCAUUGAAAACUACCACAUAACUUCCCAAAGCCAAAACCUUUUUCGGAAGCCUACCCUUUUCGAAUUUCUGUUUCGCUCACCCGCACCUUCAGUUUUCUCUAUUGUGAAUGAAUUUUAACACACAUUGCUGCAGUGGUGGAUGAAUCUCCGUUUUGUUUCAAAUAGAUUCACAAUAUUGGACUUCAACUGAGUAGAUUUGGCUUUUGAGAGCAUGGAGUAACAUUCCCAGGGGCUGCUUGUGGGUAUUGAUGCAUGAGGAAGUGCAUUUGCUGUGUGAUUUAGAUCCAGUCAGCUCCACAUGAUGUUGCAUGUCCAGAAAAAUAACGUCAUCAUGCAUAUAUUCACCCAUGUAGGUCCAGCAGUAGCAAAAACCUGUCAAUAUUCACUGCUGGCGAGCAUUUUUCAUGGAUAUUACUCACACGGUCAGGAACAUUUUAAAGCUACUUAACUUAAUGUAUUGAAUUUCACUGUUGUCUUAAAGUUGUGUGAGAGUGUUGUGGUGUCAGCAUGAGACUGUCUUGUGCCUGGGUGAAUCACCAUAUUGAUAUUUUUUCCGUUUUUGUUACAUUUGAGGGAACUGACUUGAACAAGAUGCUGAACAGUUUAAGGAGAUGUUGCUGGGAUGGUGGUUUUGUGUUUGUAUAGAUUUUAUUAUGGGAAAAAUUGAUUCCCAGUGCCAUCAAAAGCAAAACUCUCGAUUUGGGAAACUAGUUGCCUAUCCUUUUUUUUUUCCUCAGCAAUCCUUGCUGGAUGUGUGGACUAUGACAAAAAACUCAGCUGUUCUAUAUUUAUUGCUUUAGGACAAAAUUUGGAUUAUGAUCAUUACGCUCAGUACACCCAGAUUUUCUGCUAGGAGUAUGCUGAAGAAUUACAAAAGUAGGAAACCUUUUAAAGUUCUCUCCCAUUGGCAAGGGAAAUCACACAGUAGUGUCUUUGAUAGUAUUUUAGAUUUUCCUGUUACUAAUUCUGUGGCACCAGUAAUGGAGCUGUGAUUCUGUAUCUAGGAUGGUAACUGUACUUGUGACUGCAUGGUCAGAGUUUUAAUGUGAAAGGUCAAACAAUGUGGGAUUAUGCCUGCUGAUCUUUCUGCUAUGAACGAAAAAAAAAUGUUUUUAAGGCACAUGCUUUUAACUACUAACAACAAUCUCACAGUUUUAAUGCCACCUAAUUAUUAUUUCAGUUUAGUGCAGUUGAGACUUCAUGGGUUGUUUUUUUUUUUUCGUUUUUUUUUUUUUGCUGAUGUGAUGUCUUUAUUUUUUUACUGCUUGAAUAACAUAUUUUUCUGCUCAGAUGUUACAACUCUUUUGAAGCUAUUGUCCCACUAAUGCAAAAAGGUGAAUGUAAUCUGAAUAAGCCAUACCAUGGUGUGCUUAACAUGUUGUCACUCAGUGUCCUUAUGUUGCCAUAUCAUGUCUGCCUUUUGUAUCUCAUCGUGAGAGGGCGUUGUGUUAACUUCAGCCCCGUGCGACAUUGGCGUUACCAGUCAUUUUGAUAAAGCAAGUUGUGAAUGUCUUGAUGCUUUUAUGUAAUGUUGGUGAUAUUCAUUUACUCCAUUAAAUUAUUUGAAUCCACAUCAUUUUUGCGUCGGUGCCUGGUUCGCACAGGAGGUAGGCGAUGGUUUUGAUGAUGCUGAAUCUCACUGUGAGAUAUUGGAGGAACAGACCAAUGCAAA